GUUCAAGUUCCUAAUCUUCCCUCUCCUCUUCCAGCCGUUCUCCUCUCCGUUGAAGUCUCCCUGUGCCCGCCUUCCACGUUCUCCCCUCUUCCUGGCGCUGUGUGUGUCUUUCAAUGGAUGGAUUAAGGUGCUUAUUUCCUUGAUCAUUUAUUGUGUCCAUCCCCCUGUAGCAACGUCCGAGGUUCACUGAACGACUUGCCUCAGCCGUGUCGUGUGCAUCGCGUUAUCAUCCACCAUCUGACCUGUCGACAGCUCUCCUCUGUCAUCUCCCCCACGCUGAGCAGGCCCCUCUUUCAUUCGUCCUGAAUGGAAUCCGGUUGCUGUUACAAUUCCCUUGCAUCCAUCCUUCCAUAGAAAUAUCAGUUCGGUCAUGGUCGGAUCCAUUACCACCGCCUCGCGCAGGCCGUUGACCAAUCCUUCUAAGAUGCUAGCCAAAGCGUCCCCCGUGCCCAUUUUGAAAACACCCAAACGAGAAAACUCAGUGAUCGGCAUAAAGCGCAGGAUGGAGGACGACGAUCUCUCUCUGUCACCGUCUUCGUCGCUGAACUCCGAGACCGAAUACAACCCCAGUCCUCGCAAGCGAGCUAGGGUCAAGUUUGAACCGGAGGUGGAAAUGCGCGAACUUCCCUACUAUGAGAGAGCGCCCGAGCAGGAGUCUAAGCCAGAAAAGAGUGCCUCGGUCGUACGAGAGGAGGUGCGUCGGGCCAUCCAACGCCAUGUCUCUGGCACCGACAGUGAGGCGUAUGACCGGAUCAAGGAGCUCUUCUCGGUGGAUCCUCGACGUCCGGAUGAGGAUCACCUUCUUCUAUCUGAUGUACCUACACCCACAUCCUUGAGAUAUCAUCUGAUGGGUCUUUCGUCAAACGUUGCCGCACUAGAUCGCAGUUGCAACGGACUAGUCCAGGCGGUGCUGAAUAGUGUGUGGCUCGGUCGCGACGAGUCCUAUAUCAAGCUGUAUAUACGCUUCCUUGGUAAUCUUUCUGCCGCCCAGGGCAUUUAUCUGGGACCAGUGCUCAAGAUGCUGGUUAAUUACAUGGGCGAGCUUCCCAAGGACACUGGCAAGGUGCCGGGCUACGUCCCCGUGCCGGCCUCGGAGAUCUACAUGCGAGUCCAUAUGGCCCUGCGCUAUGUCAUGCAGUUGAUCCCGUCUGGCAGUGGAUCGCUAUCCCCAAUCUUGUCCAUGCAUUUCCCUUUCGAUACGGAUUCUGCCAAGGCCAAUAUUGCCUACACGAGCAACCUGCUCAAGAUCAGCAGCUAUACACCGGAGCUGCAAGCAGACAUUCUAGCUCUGAUCACAGAGAAGGUCGUCAAGAUUGACGUUCAGAUCCAGGUUGAUCUGGAAGAAAUCGAAGACGAAGUAGGCGAAGACGUUUUGCGCGGCGUCUCGCCAGAGGCUAUCAUGGCCGACGACGAGGAGGACGAUGACGAUGACGACGCUUCCGUCCUGAGCGAUGAGUCUGUAGACGACGACUCUCAGCGUAUCAAGACCGUUCGCGACAACAUCCUGAAGCUGGACGGCAUGAUCGAUUUGUUAUUCGAAUACUACGCGCCGGCGUUCGCAUCCGGCUCCUUUCAGGAUAAGGAGAACGCCCUCGAGCUCUUGUUGAGCCACUUUCAGACCAUUAUUCUUCCCAACCAUCGCUCCCGCCACACUCAGUUCCUCCUUUUUCACUACUCCCAAACAUCUCCCGAACUCGCGGAACGCUUCGCUUCCACCUGUAUUCACACUAUGACCAACCGGAGACAGCCGGCCAUCUUGCGGCAAUCGGCUGUCGCCUAUCUGGCUAGUCUUGUCGCGCGUGGCGCCCAUAUCUCUGGCGAGAUGGCGCGAGAUGUGUUCGACCUGCUAGGUGCUGAAUUGACCAGCUUCCGUAACGAAUUCGAGGACACGUGCCGGGGACCCGACCCCCGUCGAUACGGCCUCUUCUACUCGAUAUCCCAGGCAUUGCUCUAUAUUUUCUGUUUCCGCUGGCGGGACCUGACCACGGCGGCAAUCGAAGGUGACACGCCAGUGCAAGUUGAAGAACUGGAACCUGAAGACAUCCUAUUCCCGCCCUCGGUCAAGGAGGUGCUUCGUCAAACUAUCUACUCAAAGCUCAACCCGCUCAAAGUGUGCUCGCCCGCUAUCGUGACACAGUUCGCCCGGAUGUCUCAACACUUCAACCUGAUGUAUGUGUACAGCAUUCUGGAGACAAACAAGCGCGUUCGGAUUUCGACCUAUCGCAGUUUGUCUGCAUUGGCGGACCCGCGCUUUCACCAGGUGGAGCGAGAGAUCCGCGCGGGAGAUGACGUCGGUUAUCAAGCAGACUCUUACUUCCCCUUCGAUCCAUACCAGCUCCCUCGCAGUCGCCGUUGGUUGGAGGGUGACUAUGUCGAGUGGCGGGGUAUCCCGGGCUUGGAUAAUGAAGAGGACGACGAGGACGACAGUGAGGCAGAUGACGACGAGGAUGUGUCCGACGACGACUUGAGCGUUGGGACCGAGACUGAUGACGAUAUGUAACGGAUGAACAAAAAAGUGUUUUCUGGUGAAGGACCAAAGAAAAGCAAAAGCGCUAAUUCCGUGUUUCUUGUGCUUGGCGAGCCCAAUACCCUUUUUCUCUCUUAGAUCUUUUCGUUCCCACAUUGAUUUUCUUUUGUUUCACUCUUCCGUUCUAGCCAGCUGCUGUCUCGAGCUGAUUUCAUUUGAUGCAUGGGGUUACAUGACCAUGUCGGCUAUGUGCUUUGCCAAUAUUCUUCUGUCCUGUUUUGGGGGGUGCUGAGGCCAAAUAUAUCUUGUGAGAAUGAUUUUGGUACAACCUUGUUCAUCUACAUAGCCAGUUAGAUGAUCUUUUUCUAACCCUACCAGAU